CUCUUAACCACUAAGCUACCUGCCGCCCCAACUUUGUCUAGUUGUCUGUCUGCCCUGUCUCUCUCUGCCCUGCUCACCAUGGCCUUGAUAACAUGUUUACACCUUAGCUACCUGUCUGACCAAAAGGUCUCACUGAUAAAGUUAACUAGCAAACAACAACCAGAUGAGACACCAAUACACCUAUCAGUAAGACAUGGUUUAGAGCAGGAUCCAGCAACAAGACAGGCCAGUGAGAGGGAGGAUAUAGUGAACCUCCAGAGGGUUAGCUCCCAUCUUGCCCCCAGCCACAGAUUGCUGUGGGAAGUCCCCCACCCAGCCAGCUCCAGUGGUCCCAGAGAGGCUGAGUGUAGGAGGGUAGCCCAUGAGAGCCGCUUUGACUGUGCCCGGGACCGAGUUCUGAGCCAGACAGAGUGUCAGGGGAGAGGGUGCUGCUAUGCCCCCCUACCACAAGGCCACUCUGGAGGACCCCCGUGGUGCUUCUACCCCCCGUCAUACAGCGGGUACAGGAUGGGGCCCCUCACCCCCACUUCCAGGGGCCAGGCUGCCACCCUCACGAGGCCCACUCCCUCCUACCUGCCCCGGGAUAUCUCUACACUCCAGUUGGAGGUCCUGGAUGAGACAGAAGGCCGACUGCACCUCAUGUUGAAGGAUCUAUCGUCCCAGCGAUAUGAAGUUCCCCUAUCCACUUCCCCGUCCAGAGGUAACGCUCAAACCCAGGACCACCUCUAUGUCACUGAGUUUCAACCUGACCCUUUUGGGUUCAUAGUGUGCCGGAAAUCCAACAGCCGUGUCCUUGUGAACACCACGGUGGCCCCGCUGCUGUAUGCUGACCAGUACCUGCAGCUGUCUACCUCCCUGGCCUCCUCACUGAUGUCUGGGCUGGGGGAACAAUACACCCCCCUCAGCCUGGACCUCAAUUGGACCUCCCUCACCCUCUGGAACAGGGACAUGGCGCCCCAUGGCGAUGCCAACCUGUAUGGCUCCCAUCCGUUCUACAUGGUGCAGGAGGGGGAUGGAAAGGCUCAUGGGGUCUUCCUGCUCAACAGCAAUGCCAUGGAGGUGGUCCUGCAGCCUAGCCCUGCUCUGACCUGGGUGGCUGUGGGAGGAAUCCUGGACCUGUACAUCUUCCUGGGCCCUGACCCUCAGAGUGUUGUCAGACAGUACCUCCAGGUUAUAGGGUACCCUAUGAUGCCUCCUUAUUGGUCACUGGGGUUCCACCUGUGUCGCUGGGGAUACCGGUCCACCAACGCAACCCGAGAGGUGGUGCGACGCAUGCACAACGCCAACUUUCCCUUGGACGUGCAGUGGAAUGACCUGGAUUACGCAGACAAGCGUCGGGUGUUCACCUUUGACCCCCAGCGCUUCGUGGACCUGCCAGACAUGGUGAAGGAGUUCCAUCAGAAGGGCAUGAAGUACAUUCUCAUCCUGGACCCUGGGAUCAGCAGCACCAGCCCCCCUGGUACUUACCCACCCUUUGAUGAGGGUCAGCGGAGAGGGGUCUUCAUCAGGAACUCUACAGGACAGACACUCAUAGGGAAGGUGUGGCCUGGUCCGACAGCGUUCCCUGACUUCACCAACCCAGAGACACAGAGCUGGUGGGAGGACUGCAUCCGGGAGUUCCACUCCAGAGUCCCCCUGAAUGGCCUGUGGAGGACUGCAUUCGGGAGUUCCACUCCAGAGUCCCCCUGGAUGGCCUGUGGAUUGGCUCUAUGGAGGGGUGUCCUGACAGUGAUUUGGAGAGCCCCCUUUACGUGCCACGGUUGGUUGGAGGACAGCUGAACACUGGUACUCUCUGCAUGUCAGCUCAACAGAACCUGUCCACUCACUACAACCAGCAUAACCUCUAUGGGCUGACGGAGGCUA